AUGGAGGACGACGCGCCGCGGGGCGGCCGCCCGGCGUCGUCGCUGGACAUGAACGCGGCGCUGCGAGCAGAUGCGGAGGACCGCAGCCAGUGCUACGUCCUCGGGAUGGCCAUGACGCGCGACGCCGGGGGCGCGGUCACCGCUGCUGCGUCCCUGUCGAACAACCGCAUCAAGCUGUACUCGGCCGGAGGCGGCAGGCUCGCGCACGCGGGCACGCUCUCGGGGCACCAGGGGCGCAUCUCUUCCCAGGGCUUUGCGUCGCCGACUGAGCCCCACCUCCUCUUCUCGUCGUCUUGCGACGGCACCGUCCGGUCGUGGGACCUCCGAAGCGGCAAGCAGGCAGAGCGCUUCGCCGGCCAGCCAGGGCAGCCGCUGUGGAGCUUCGCGGUGGGCAGAGGCGGGCAGCUCGUGGCCGGGGGCGGCAACGGCGAGGUUCUGAUCUGGGACCGGCGGAGGGGCAAGCGCGCAGCGUGCUUUGACGACUCGCAUGCGGAGGACGUCACGCAGCUCGCGUUCCACCCGCAGGACGACGGCUGGCUCGUGACGGGCAGCGAGGACGGUCUCUUGUGCGUGUUCGACCUCUCGAGGUCCCUGAGCGAGGACGACGACUUCCGCGCGUGUCUGAACCUCAUGACAGCGGUGGGGGACUUUGGCUUCUACGGCGCGGAGGGGGAGUCUCUGUGGUGCCGGUCCUGCACCGAGAGCCUCCAUCUGUGGGACUGGCGGGCCGCGAGCCGCACGGACGACGAAGCGGACGUCGACGGGGCGCAGGAGGCGAAGCACGACGACGCUCGCGAGGCGGCCACCGCCGCGCUGGCCGCGUCGCCGAUGGCGCAGACGAUGCCGGAGGCCGGCUUCGUGAUCGGCUGCCACUACGACUCGCCGACAAGCAAGCUCUGGCUCAUCGCGGGGACGGCGUCGGGCGAGGUGGCCUUCCUCCCCGUGCUCCGGGAGGGCACCGCUGUGGCGGUGGACGCGCCGGGCGCGGUGCUCGCGGGCGGGCACGCGGGCGUGGUGCGGUCCGUGCUGUGGCCGAUCGACGGCCCGGGGACGUGUCUGACGGGGGGGGAGGACUCUCGAAUCUGUUUGUGGGGUCCUCAGGGUUCGGGCUGGCAGGAGGCCGGGGGCGCGGCGGGGGCGCACGCGCCGGAGGGCGGGGCGCUGGGGAAGCGGGCGCGGGACGACGGGGGCUUCGAUGCGCCGGCGAAGCGGUAG